AUGGCCAACGACGACGACACAAAUCUGCCUGGCUUUCUAAACGGAAAAUUUAAAUUCAAAACUCUUUCCAAUGGAGCCAUUGAUAAAACCAAAGUCCUUUGCGUUCUCUGCAAUAAGGAAUUUGCAUACCAUCGAAGCAGUUCUAGCAUGAAAUACCACCUGAACUCAAAACAUAUUGUGAGUUCUGCAGCUAGCACUACCCCGGAUGCUCCAGGGAAGUUUCGCCAAACCACGCUGACUGAGAAUCGCCGCAAAUUAAGUAAGUCGUCCUCAGAAACACUUACAAAUGCAAUAUCUAAAUGGAUUGCAAUGGACUGUAGGCCUGUUAAUAUUGUGGAAGACAAGGGGUUAAUGGAUGCUUUUCGUAUUGCAUCUUCCGAUACAAGCUACACACUACCGGCGAGACGUACCGUACUUACGAGAAUAAAUCAGCUGUAUGACACCGAAAAACUAUCAAAAGAGGAAAAAUUGUCUCAAGCACAAUAUGUUGCUCUGACCGGAGAUCACUGGACUUCAGUGAGUAAUCACAACUAUUUAGGUGUUACUACGCACUUCAUUGAUCGUAACUGGACACUUCAGGCAUUCGCGCUAACGGUACUUAAAACAGAGACACGACAUUAUUCUGAUGCAUGUGCCGAACAGUUCUUAACAGUGGCAGACAAGUGGAACAUUACAGAAAAAGUGACCACCAUCGGAACGGACAGCGCUCGAAAUAUGAUUGCAGCAGCAAGAAAACUUCCGUUUGAUCACAUCCCCUGUGCCGCGCACAUAUUGCAGAGGACCAUUACCGUUUGCCUCGCGGACAGUGGGUUUGUUGAUGCAUUGACAAAGUGUCGCAAAAUUGUAGGACACUUUAAGCACAGCCCUGCUAACACAGAGGAGCUACAUCAGCAACAAACUGCAAUCGGACAACAAAGAGAGCAACUGAUACAGGACGUUUCGACGAGGUGGAACUCCUCGCUCGAUAUGAUCACACGUCUCUUACGGAAUGAAGAGGCUGUUAAGGCAACUUUAGCCCAACAUACACAGAAACACAAGUUAGUCAUGCUGACUGCUGCUGAAUGGGACAAAUUGCACAAGCUGGAGACGCUUCUUGAACCAUGCAAGUAUGUGACUGAACUCCUUGGGGGUGAAACCUAUGUUUCAUGCUCUGUGGUGCUGCCUGCAUUCUGCCACCUUAACCAUGUAAUGAGGGUCUCUGAUGAUGAUCCAGCAUAUGUGGCAAGGUUCAAGACUGCCUUUAAGAAAGACCUUGCUGAACGCCAAGCUGUCAUGAACAAUGAAUGGCUGAAACUUUCAUCAGCUCUUGACCCACGUUUUAAGGACCUAAAGUGCAUGGCAAGAGGAGAGAGAGAACAGGUGUGGUCCAGCCUUGAAAAAAUACUACAAGAGGCAGAACCCAGCACACAUACUCCACAACCCAGUGAAGAACAUGAGCCAGCUAAGAAAAGGAAAAUCCUUCUGCUGGGUUCAGAGUCAGACUCGGAAUCAGAAGAAGAAAAUCAUGUUAGCAAUGCACUACAAAACUACAGAGCUCAACCCAUUAUUGAGAUGGAUAAGUGUCCUUUAGAGUGGUGGUCAGUUAAUGCAGAGGCCCAUAUUAAACUGUCUGCCUUAGCUCGCAAAUAUUUGGCCACGCCUGCAACCACUGUACCAUGCGAAAGACUUUUUUCACUGGCGGGCAACAUUGUGCAAAAGAAGAGGGCAUCUUUAAACUCAGAAAAUGUAAACAAAUUAGUUUGUCUAAGCAACUGGUUGAAGGAGAAAUAA